GCCCGCCUCGCCCAGCCCGCCCCGCCUCGCUCCCCGCGGCCGCCGCGCUCCCCCUCCGCRCCGCCAUGGCGGACAAGGAAGCAGCCUUUGAUGAUGCGGUGGAAGAACGUGUGAUCAACGAGGAAUAUAAAAUAUGGAAAAAGAACACCCCCUUCUUGUAUGAUUUGGUGAUGACCCAUGCCCUGGAGUGGCCCAGCUUGACUGCCCAGUGGCUUCCUGAUGUCACAAGACCUGAAGGCAAAGAUUUCAGCAUCCACAGAUUAGUGCUGGGCACCCACACCUCAGAUGAACAAAACCACCUUGUGAUCGCCAGCGUGCAGCUGCCCAACGACGAUGCACAAUUUGAUGCUUCCCACUAUGACAGUGAGAAAGGAGAAUUUGGAGGCUUUGGCUCGGUGAGUGGAAAAAUUGAAAUUGAAAUCAAGAUAAACCACGAGGGAGAGGUGAACAGAGCCCGUUACAUGCCCCAGAACCCCUGCAUCAUCGCCACCAAGACUCCCUCCAGCGAUGUCCUKGUCUUUGAUUACACCAAACACCCUUCCAAACCAGAUCCUUCUGGUGAGUGCAACCCUGACCUGCGUCUCCGUGGGCACCAGAAGGAGGGUUAUGGGCUGUCCUGGAACCCAAACCUCAGUGGGCAUUUGCUGAGUGCUUCUGAUGAUCACACCAUUUGCUUGUGGGAUAUCAGCGCUGUUCCCAAAGAAGGCAAAGUGGUGGAUGCCAAGACCAUCUUCACGGGGCACACGGCGGUGGUGGAAGAUGUGUCCUGGCACCUGCUCCAUGAAUCCCUUUUUGGAUCUGUUGCUGAUGAUCAGAAGCUCAUGAUUUGGGACACUCGAUCAAACAACACCUCCAAACCCAGUCACUCUGUGGAUGCUCACACAGCUGAGGUGAACUGCCUGUCCUUCAACCCCUACAGUGAGUUUAUCCUGGCCACAGGAUCAGCUGAUAAGACUGUUGCUCUAUGGGACUUGAGGAACCUAAAACUGAAGCUGCACUCCUUUGAAUCACAUAAAGAUGAAAUAUUUCAGGUUCAGUGGUCUCCCCAUAAUGAAACCAUCCUGGCCUCCAGUGGCACRGACCGCAGGCUAAAUGUUUGGGACUUGAGUAAAAUCGGAGAGGAGCAAUCCCCUGAAGAUGCUGAGGAUGGUCCCCCAGAGCUGUUGUUUAUCCAUGGUGGUCAUACUGCAAAGAUCUCGGAUUUCUCCUGGAAUCCCAAUGAGCCCUGGGUCAUUUGUUCUGUAUCAGAAGAUAAUAUCAUGCAAGUCUGGCAAAUGGCAGAGAACAUCUACAACGAUGAAGAUCCCGAAGGAAGCGUGGAUCCCGAAGGUCAAGGAUCCUAAAUGCCAACCUCUCCCUGUUUUUAGUCUUUCUCCUUCUCUUCCCUCUCAGCCUCCACUUAACACUGGUUUUGAGACACACGUAGGCUUUGUGUUCAGCCAUCCUCCCCUAAAUCCCACCACAGGUUUUUCCACCCACCACCCCAAAAAACAACCAAAAAAAAGGGCUCAGCCCCCUCAGUCAGGUUUCAAUUCCUGCCCAACCUUCCUGGCUGUCCCAUUUGAGCUGCCUUUGUCACCGAGCAAGCUUGGGGUUUAUUUUUUCUUUUUUGCUUGCUCCAGCCACAGGCUUUUUGCCUAAUUUAAACAAAAGUAAAAUUGGCAGAGCUGCCCGAGUGGGUUUGAGCCAACAGAGAUGAUCCAAGUGUUAAUCCCACGGAGAUGAUCCAAGUGUUGAUCCCCUGACAGCUCAGAAAUGGUGUGGAAGGCCUUGCCCUCCUCAGUACAACUCAAAAACCUUGGAAUUCCUUUCGUUAUCUGCACCUUGUGGCUUUUUCUGCCUUUGCAGAUACGAGUUCUGACUUGAACUGAAAUUUCUCUUCUUUUUUUUUUUGUCUCUCCUGGUAAUUCUGGGUUUUUCAUUCCUUCCUUCCUUCCCCUUUCCUCUCUCCUGUUUGGUGCCAGCGGUUUGGAUUUGUUAGCUAUUCCUGCAGAGCCUCCUUCCACCUCCCACAUUUUUUUUUUCCUUUGCUCUAUUGUGUGUUUCUCGAGCUGUGUUUUCACAUAAUGUUUCUUUCCUUUCUGUGAAAUGGUUUUUUUUUUUUAAAAAAAAAAAAAACUUGGGGGAGCCCUCAAGUUGUCAAAGGUGUUUUGUUUGUACCAACGGAUAAUCCCGGUGCCCUUGGCAGCUGGUGGAAAACAAAUCAAACGUGGAUAAACUAUUUUUUUUUUUAAGAAUUUGUCUUUGACCACGUCUUCCACUCGGGUGUCCAGUGCCACCAGCAGCCUGUUACUCUCCAUCUCCUCAUGACUAAUUGCGUGUAAGUUCUCCAGUUGGAAUAAAGUUUUUCUACGGAAACGCU